AUGUCGGGAGGACACUGGGAUGCUGAGGAGCCCGUUCAGUCAAAAUCAAAUGGUCAUACUUAUGAUCUGCCUGAAGGCGGAGAUGAAUCAAGCAAACAAAAACAAAAUGGAGAUUUCACUGAACCCGAAUAUUUGGAUGAAGAGGUGACAGGAGCGAUGGCCGGUUUGGAAAGAGUUCAGCAUUCGAUCGGCGCUCUCAUCACGAAACACAAGACACCCCUCACGUAUCUUCUAGUAUUGGCCUUGGUUGGGGCCUAUCAUGGAUGGUUGAUAGCCGCCACUGUGCACGAUUCAAAGAAAGUCGAACCAAUGUGGAUAAUCAGUGGAAUCCUCUGGGCACUCUUUCUAUAUUAUCAAGUGGUGAAACGAUUUUUCGGCAAGGCGAUCUAUAAUGGUUUUAUGAAGCCGAUGAUCAAAACGUUCAACGGACUUUGGAAAUACACUAUUGUGCAAAUUCUUUUCUACUUGAUCAUCAUCGGAGUCAUCUUGGGUUUCCUCGUUUGGGACACGUGGGAUGAUCACAAAAGAUUGACCGGAUUGGGUGGGAUGGGAUGUUUCGUUUUGCUCAUGUUUUGUCUAUCAAAUAAUCGGACAAAGAUCAAAUGGAGACCGGUUAUUUGGGGAUUCUUUUUGCAAUUCUGUUUGGGACUUCUCGUUUUGAGAUGGGAUUGGGGAAGUAAAACUUUCGAGAAAAUCUCAAACAACAUUGUUCGUUUUCUUGACUACACAAACAACGGAACGAACUUCGUCUUCGGUUUCUUGGCCACACCUCCAAAUAUUUGUGAUCCGAUUUCUGGAGCGCCUCUUUCUGGAGCUUUUGCUUUUACCUCUCUUCAAGUGGUCAUCUAUUUUGGAUCAAUCGUCGCUCUUCUCUAUUACUAUGGUGUCAUCCAGUUUAUUCUGAAAAUCAUGGCCUGGUUCAUGACGAUCACUCUUGGAACAACAGCCACUGAAAGCCUCAACGCGUGUGCUUGUGUCUUUCUCGGACAAUCAGAAGCACCUCUCUUAAUUAAACCGUAUUUGGAAAAGAUGACAGCCUCUGAAAUUCAUGCCGUCAUGACGAGUGGUUUCUCCUGUAUUGCUGGCUCACUUUUCGCUGCUUACAUCGCAUUUGGUGCUUGUCCUGUGUAUCUUCUCUCAGCAACGGUAAUGUCAGCAUGCGGAUCGCUUGCUUGUUCGAAAAUCCUUUUCCCUGAAACCGAAGAAAGUAAAUUGAAAGAAGUGGCUGAACUCGAGCUGCCAAAGGGAGAAGAGUCAAAUCCUCUUGAAUGCAUCUCGAAUGGAGCCGUGGCUGCGGUGGAACUCGUUUUGGCCAUUGUCGCCAAUUUGAUUGUUUUCCUUGCAUUAUUGGCUUUUAUCGAUAACAUUUUCCGAUAUGCGGGAGAGUUGAUCGGACAUGAAGGAUGGAGUUUUCAGAAAACCCUUGGAUACAUUUUCUACCCAUUAGCCUAUGUGAUGGGAGUAACGGAUAACACGGAUGAAACACUGAAAGUCGCUCAAUUGAUGGGCACAAAAACGGCUCUUAACGAGUUCAUCGCUUAUCAGAAUCUUGGAACAAUGGUCGCUAACGGAGAGCUAUCGCCCCGGGCAGCAAUGAUCGCCACGUACGCGUUGUGCGGUUUCUCGAAUUUCUCCUCAAUCGGCAUUCAGCUGGGUGUUCUCGGUGGAAUGUGUCCAUCCAGGAAACAGGUUUUUGCUCGGGUUGUUCUUCGAGCUCUUCUCGCCGGUUGUAUCUCGUGUUUCUUUACGGCCUGUGUGGCAGGUGUCCUAGUCGAGACACCAGCUCAUUGCACUCGACUCGGCCUUGGUGCGGUGUGCUUUGACCCGAACAAGUACUUGGAUUCCACCGAUCUCCCGACAACGACUGUUGUUCCCGCAAAUAUUUUUGACGGGCACAACGAAUUG